CGAGCUAUAAAGCAAUCUGCCUUGCUUUGUGUUGCGAUCAAUUCUCUUUCUUCGCCUGCCGAUCUUCUAAUCCUUGAUUCGAAGCGAGGGGAGCAACCUCGAUCGAUCGAUCGAUCGACUCUUCUCUUCAUGUUUUGCUCUCGGCGAUCCGAGAUCGAGGAGGAAUCGCUGGAGAUUUGCAGCUCGCCAUGGCGGAAAACCCUAGGAGAUUUGCCGUAGGCUACGCGCUCGCUCCUAAGAAGCAGCAGAGCUUCAUCCAGCCGUCGCUCGUCGAACUUGCGCGGCAAAAGGGCAUCGAUCUCGUCCCCAUCGAUGAGAGCCGGCCCCUCGCCGACCAGGGCCCCUUCGAUUGCGUGCUCCAUAAGCUUUAUGGCGAUGACUGGAAUACGCAGCUCGAGGAUUUCGUCUCGAAAAACCCUGGCGUCCCCGUCGUCGAUCCUCCCCUCGCGAUUGAGCGCCUCCACAAUCGCAUCUCCAUGCUGCAGGUCGUGUCUGAGCUCGAGAUCCGGCAGGAGAAGGAAACCUUCGGGAUUCCUAGCCAGGUCGUGAUCUAUGAUUCUGCCGCCCUCUCCAACUCUGGCGUUGUCGGAGCUCUUCGUUUCCCCGUCAUCGCCAAGCCUCUGGUGGCCGAUGGCAGCGCCAAGUCCCACAAGAUGGCCCUUGUUUUCCACCGUGACGGCCUAUUAAAGCUUAAACCGCCGCUCGUGCUGCAGGAGUUUGUAAACCACGGAGGGGUCAUAUUCAAGGUGUACGUGGUGGGGGACUACGUGCAGUGCGUGAGAAGGAAGUCCCUCCCGGAUGUCUCCGAAGAGAAGCUGGAGUGUUCUGAGGGGUCCGUCACCUUCUCUCAGGUGUCCAAUUUGAUUGCACAAGACCCGACGGAGGUAGAGUACUACAGGCAUCUGGACGAUGCAGAGAUGCCUCCGUUAAGCUUUAUCACCGAGAUAGCUAGAGGUUUGAGGCGGGCUAUGGGAUUACAUCUUUUCAAUUUUGAUGUGAUCAGGGAUGCGAAGGUGGGAAACCGCUACCUUGUGAUCGACAUCAACUACUUUCCUGGAUAUGCCAAAAUGCCCCAUUAUGAGAAAGCUCUGUCUGACUUCUUCUGGGACAUUGUUCAUGAGAAGAAUGGGGAAGACUCUGGAAACGGAGCCGUCGACGAAGAAACUAAGCUUUUGGUCAGCAAUCAUCACAAGAUAGCAGAUGAUGUGGCCGUGGAGAAUAAUGUGACCUGAGGUUCAUGGAUCUUUCUUCUCAUAAAUCUAAUUUUACUUCCAACAACUUCAAAGGUACAAUUUGCACUUCAUUUCAAACUAAGAUGUUACUCCUCUUUGCAUGCCGUCAUAUUUAGGAAAAGUUAAUUCGGUUCUUGCAUUAACUUUGUACAUCCUACUGCGGGCAUAAGCGAUCACUUUGUCGGGAUAUUUAAGGGAGUCAGCUUGGUCUUCAUUCUAAAGGGAUUUUGGUCACAUGGCUAGACAUUAUUGCUGUUUUACUCACUUGGAAUCAAUGCUGUGUGAAUCAUGGAAAACAACUUAGUAACUAGCCACUUGACUUAGUUGAUUAUACUAUCAUAUGGACGUUAUAGCCAUCUAAUGGCAUUAUGAUUCCCCUGGAUAUUAGGUCUAAUUAUUAUUCACCAAUAGAUGUUACUUCUACUCUUCUAGUGAUUCAAUGUUAGUUCUUCGAAAGAAAGCUAACCUCCAUGUGCGUGAGGAGCUAUUCUGCUAAAGAUUAUACAAUUUGUUUGCUAAUCUAGUAACAUUUUGCUCCAGGAUUCUUCAUCUCAAUACUGGCAGCAUUUCUUCAACAUGCUUCAUGAUUCUGAGUAAACACUGCUGUUUGGUCUGACGACUCUUACCCUUGCUUGUUUUUUUUUUUAAUCUUCAGUAGAGGGAACACUAGCAAAAAAACGUAUUUAGAACUAUGAUGAGGUGAUGAUGGGAUGGCAAAAAAAAAUUUGCUGGAGAUGAGAUGUUUAUUUUUAUCUGUAAAAUCUAGUCUUUGUUGAUCACACUUUACAGAGCAUGAUUGUAAUUGCCUAAGGCAUUCAGAUUUGAAAAAUCAUUAGGGUGCCUUAGGUUGUAGGUUGGAGGUUAUCCUUGAGAUUAUCCAUUCAAGAUUAUCAACGAAAAUUUUGUUUGAUUUAGGUAA